CCUACUUUCACUUUGGUGCGGAGCGAGGCCUGGCCAGGGGGACUCGGGUGUCCCCCAAGACAUCCAGGUGGCACAGGUACAAAAGGAGAAGCAGGCAGGCACAGCGUGGCCACGGGGACAUGCCAGCGCACCCGCAGCACUCAGCAACCACCUCGGGGCACCCCGGACACAGAUCCCUGUGAACAGCCAUGGCAGGGGAAGGGGAGCUCAGCCGUGUCAUCAAGGACCUGCAGAAGACUGUGGCCGAGCUGAAAUGCCGCUACCAGGAGCAGAACCUGCCGGUGACAGACGGGAGCCGGGAGCUGCACAGCCUCUGUGCCCACCUAGAGUUUCUCCUCCAGUUUGACCUCAAGGAGAAGAGGAGCUUCUUUGGGCAGCGCAAGGACUAUUGGGACUUCUUGUGCCAGGGCCUAGCACGGUGCCGGCAGGAGCAUGAAGGCAUUCACUUUGUCACUUCCCUGGACAAGCUGAAGACCCCUGUGGGCAGGGGCCGGGCCUUUCUGCGGUACUGCCUGGUGCACCGGCAGCUGGCAGAGUCCCUGCAGCUCUGCCUCCUUGACCCUGAGAAUCUCUGCGAGUGGUACUACGCCCGCAGCCCCUUCCUGAGUCCCAAACGGCGAGCAGAGAUCCUGGGCAGCCUCUAUGAGCUGGACUGUGUCACCUUCCACCUGGCCCUGUACAGGGAUGACCUGGACACCGCCUGGCCCAUGUUCUCUGAGCCACUGGUACGGCCCAGCCCGGUGAUCAGGAGCAGCCCAGCAAAGACAGCCCUGCAGACAGACAGUAUUGGCACUGUGGCACAUGGAUGGUCCGAUGGCACUGGCCAUCCCACUGUGGCGCUCCAUGGGACACCAGCCCAUCUGUGCCCACCCACUUUGGCUGCCCUGCAGGCAGGGAGCGUGGAAAUGGAAAAUAUAGACAAUGGGGAAGUGAAGAAGGACAUGGAAGAGGAGGAUGAAGAGGAGGUAGAGAAGGAUGACAGUGAGGAUACAAAGGAGAUGAAGGUGGAGGAUGUGGAAGUGGACAUGGAGGAGGAUUUGGAAGAGAAGGAGGAAGAGCUGGAGAAGGAUGAGAAGGAGAUGAAGGAUGUAGAUGUAGAGGAACUGGAGGAUGCACAUGGCACUGACAAAGCAGCCCAGCCUGAUGGUGCUGGAGGGUCUGGCAUGUCCCCACUGUCGACUGGCACAAGGUGCAUGCUGGGGUCCCUGUCACUGGUGCCCAGGCAGCCAGGUGGGACAGAGGAAUCCCUGCAGGCUCUGGUGUCCCAGCUGAGGGCCGAGCUGGGUCAGCAUGAGGCGGCAGCACAGGCGCUGGCAGUGCGGCUGGCACAGGCGGAACUGCGGCACCAGCAGCAGGAGGAGGACAGUGCCCAGCGGGCCCAGCUGUGGGCACGCGAGGCUGAGGCACUGCGGGAAACCAACACCUUCCUGCAGCGGGCACUGGAGGCAGCAGUGGCAGCAGGGGACCCGGGGGCACUGGCACGGGCACAGGAGGAGGCACGGGGCUGGCAAGAGGUGGCAGAGGAGCAGGGUACCCGGCUGGCCAAGGCGCUGGCGGAGGCGGCGGUGCUGACCUCACGCCUGCAGGAAUGCCAGGAAGCGCUGGUGGCGGCAGGACAGACGGACAUGCUGAAGGAUGCUGGUACUUCAAAUGAGGUGGCUGCUGUGGAGAAGGUGCUGCAGCAGGCACUGGAGUUCGCCUGUGGUCCCCAGGAGCCCCCAGCAGCCCCCCAGACAGAAGAAGAACCAAGCACGGUCACCAGUAUGGCCAUGCGCUUGGCCAGCCUGGCCGCCACAGCACAGGAGGAGAACUGGCAGAGCCGGCAGCAGCUCCAGGCACAGCAACAGGAGAUGGCACGGCUGCAGGAGGAGCUCAGCAGGUAGGACAUGGA